AUGGAAAGUUGCUCAUCAACUAAAGUUCCAAUUCAGAAAGAGGACAAAUUUAGCGAAAUGCAAUGUCCAAAGAAUGAUUUGGAAAGAAAAGCAAUGGAUAAGAUUCCUUAUGCUUCAGUGGUCGGUAGUCUUAUGUAUGCUCAGACAUGCACUAGACCAGAAAUUAGUUUUGUCGUUGGAAUGUUAGGUCGUUAUCAAAGUAAUCCUGGUUUGGAUCAUUGGAAAGCGGCAAAAAAAGUACUUAGAUAUUUACAAGACACUAAGGAUCACAUGCUCACAUUUAGGCGAUCAAAUCACCUAAAAGUGAUUGGAUAUUCGGAUUCAGAUUAUACUGGUUGUGUAGACACUAGAAAGUCUACAUUUGGAUAUUUAUUCCAACUAGCAAGAGGAACAAUUUCAUGA